CUAGAGGUGCUAGGGACAUCCUUAUCCUUUUUCUGACACCCUUCCCAUUACCUCGUUACCCAUCCAGUGUGCAUGCGAUGUCGCUGCAUGAAUGGGACGUGCGUCCUUGACGUGUUAGUCUGAUUCUCGUUGACAAGAGUAGCCCAGGCUGCUGUGUGCACUCAUCACCCUGAUCAGGGAAACCUGUCUAAGAUUUCUCGCACCGUGCUCGCGAAUCUCUCUUCUAGAAGCUCGUGUGCACACGCUGCCUCUCUCAAUAUCCGCGGUCGCGACCGCUUCCCCGAUUUCGACCGGUGUUUAGAUCUCGACCGUUGAAUGUACCAGCUGAUCGUCCAAUCCGUCGAUGCUGCGGUUCGCUGAGCCAAUCCUAUGCGGCUGAGCGUCCUAGUCGCCACUGAUAGCCGCAAAUCCUAAGAACUCGCUGGUAGCCGCCAGUUUGCUUUCACAUCAAUAAUACCUUUACCUAAACGUCGUUCUUUAGCAGGUCGUUCUGGAUCCAGUCCCUAGAGUUGACAUUGUUGCUGAAUGACCAGCUAGGGUUUCCGGCCUUGGUGUUUCGACCCCUCGUUGCUCAAACGUCGCGGUACCUGCUAUAAGAAAGGGCACCAUGCAGGCCUCGCUGUCGUCCCUUCACCGGACUCCAUGCGGAUGCAUCGUCCCUGGACGCGUCCCCUGUGCUCGUGCACACGUCCAAGCACAGCAGUCUUCCAGCCGGCAGCCACUCGUCAUGCAUCAGUCUGUUGGUCGUGGCGGGGCGUUCUCGCCCUCUCUUCCCACGCUUCCUAAUGCUGCCUCUCCCACCGCCGCUCCUGCCAGUGCCCUUCGCACCUCCUUCCUCCACCCGUGGGGUUCGCAGGGUCUAAGGGUCCCUGGGAGGAUUGAGCUAGGGAGGGGGAUGGGGCUACAUCCUGCCACCGGUUUGGCAGGAUUGGCAGCAGGCUUCCAGGGCACAGCACUAGGAGCAGGAGCAGGCGUUGGAAGGGGUAGAGGGCUUAGGCGAGCCCGUUCUCUGGGUGUAGUUUCGGCGAUUUCUGGUGCAGGUGCAACUGGGGGAGGGGGGGAUGCGUCUGGGUCCACGUCACAGUGGAAAGCAGGCAAAUCGAAAGCUGCCAGCUCGGCAUCAGGCUCUCCCGGCAAAUCGACAGGAGCAGCAAAGAAAGCGAAAGCGGCUAAGAAACGGUCCCAGGCCACGUCAGCAGCGGCUGACGCGGAUAAGGAAUGGGAUCCAGUUACCGAGUUACUGGAGCGGGUGCCGAACCGUGUGGAGCCGCAGGUUCGGGUGAACGGGCAGCUGAUGUCGCUCAAGGAGGCGGAGGCUCGGGCCGUACCUGCGCCAAUCCGAGCCUUGAACGCACUAGAGCAGGGGGUCGAGAGCGCUAGGGAGGCUGUCUUGGGGAAAGUGGCAGAGGCUCUAGGAGGGGUGGAUAAGGGUGUGAUUAUAGAGGAAGGGAGUGAAACGGGGAGUCUGGCAGCAGAGGGAAGGGGAGGGAAACAAGCUUCGGAUACAGUAGAUUCGGCAGAUGCAGCGUCGAUGUCCACUGGAGCUGUCUCGUCUGCUGCUGCUGCUGCACCUGCUGCACCCCCUGCCAACCCCGUGUAUCUUAAAGACCUACUCCGCGAGUUCAAGGGCGAGCUCGUGGUCCCCGAGGAGGCGUUCGCUCCGCGGGUGGUGGAAACCACCGCGUUUGAGCGCGCGCUGGCGGGCGCCCCGCCCAUGAGCGCGGCGGAGUUUCUGGGUUUUGCGGAGAAGAAGCAGGUGGCGCUGGUGACAUCGCGCGGGCUGAAGAGGCGCGAUGGGAGGUUCGAGUACUGGGAUGUGCUGGUGGAACUCAAGGAGGUGCCUGGGGAACCGGCCCUCCAAACCAACACCUGGAGGCUCAAGGUGGACUCGCAGUCCGUACCAGCAGUGCUGGCGGCUUACAAGGGGCCACAGAAGGAGGUUGAGACUGUGUAUUCGACCUUUGUCGAGGUGCCAUCAGCCAAGCCCCUUCCAGCAGCCUCCACCAUUUCCGGGCGAAUCUUCCUGGAAUGCUCCAUCCUAGCGUCGAUUCUGCAGUCCUUCCUUGCCACUCUUAUCGCCUCUUCCACUGCCGCCCUCCUCCUGGCCUCCUCUGCCGUACUCUUUAUAGUCCGAUCCGUUUUGUGGCCCCUGGCGAAGCCUCUCCUAGCGCCUGCUGUGUGGGUUGUAGCGGCUGUAGCGAAUAAGAUUGCUGGUGUUGUCACUGCCACGUGGGCGAGUCUCUUUGCUCCAGGUAGCAGCAGUCUAUUCGGAUUCCUACAGUUGCAGCUGGCAGCUUUGUUUGGCAGCGGGGGACUAGCGGGAGGUAUUGCUGGCGCUACUGCGAACGCGUCCGGGGAUGCGAUUGCUGACGUGGCGGUUGACGUGGCGCGGGAUAUUUUCAUAGGAAAGCUGAAGAGCUCGGCCAAGGCGGUUGGGAUGAUGGUGUUUGUGGUGCUGUUUAUGGCAGCAGGGGCUAAAUUCACCCUCAACAGACGGACCAGAGACUACACUAAGUGGGACAUCUGGCAAGCCAUUGAGUUCGGCCAGUCUAAGCCCCAGGCUCGAGUGGAGGGAUCUACAGGAGUGAAAUUCGAGGACGUGGCAGGCAUCGAUGAGACAGUGCAGGAGCUGCAGGAGCUAGUGGAGUACCUCAAGGACCCCCAGCGGUUCAACCUCAUGGGCACCAAGCCGCCGCACGGGGUGCUGCUGGAGGGUCCCCCAGGAUGUGGCAAGACACUCCUGGCUAAGGCCAUAGCAGGCGAGGCAGGCGUGCCCUUCUACCAGAUGGCAGGCUCUGAGUUUGCUGAAGUGCUGGUGGGAGUUGGGGCUGCUCGCGUGCGCGACCUCUUCAAGCGAGCCAAGGUCAACAAGCCGGCUGUGGUCUUCAUCGAUGAAAUCGAUGCCCUUGGUGCUGCCCGAUCCUCCGCAGGAGGGGACGAGGGAGCAGACGCAGGUGUUACGGAGCGAGAGACAACCCUCAAUCAGCUGCUGAUCGAGCUCGACGGGUUCGAUACAGGCCAGGGCGUGGUGUUCAUCGGGGCAACCAACCGCAUGGACAUGCUGGAUGCUGCCCUGCUGAGGCCGGGGCGAUUCGACAGAAAGAUCACCAUCGUGCCUCCUGGGUCCAAGGGCAGAGCAGAAGUGCUGCGGGUGCACGCCAAGAAGGUCAAGAUGAGCCCGCACGUGGACCUCGAUACCAUCGCCGCCAAUCUUGCAGGCUGGAGCGGGGCACAGCUUGCCAACCUACUCCAAGAGGCUGCACUGGUGGCUGUGCGGAGAGGGGCGACGGAGAUCGAAGACGAAGACCUGUACACAGCAGCAGACAGGCUGACCCUGGGCACUCCCAGGGAGAGGUGGGGCGCGGAGCAGGGCAAGCAGCCGCUGCUGGUGCGGCGCAUGGCGGUGCAUGAGGUGGGGCUGGCGCUCACGGCGCUGCUGCUGAUGGAGUAUGACGAGGCCCAGGUGGAGCCGCCACAGCGACUCUCCAUUGUUCCCCGAGGCGAGACCCCUUCUUGGACCGUAUUCAACCGUAUUGAUGAUGAGUCAUACCUCUUUGAGAAGAGGCGAACUCUGCUGCACCGGCUGCAGGUCUUACUGGGCGGCAGGGUGGCAGAGGAAGUAGUGUGGGGACGGGACAGCAGCACGUACAGUCAGCGCCACGUGGCGGAUGCUUCCUGGAUGGCCUACAAGUUUGUCUCCAUUUGGCACAUGGCAGGCAAGGUUCUCCCUAGGGGCAUCCCCCCGGCCUGGAAGCGGCGCAACACUGCAAGCGGCCCCUCCCUGGCGUUCGAGGGGAGCCUUUACUCUGACUACGGGUUCACGGGGGCGAAAAUCAGCGAUCAUGCUGAUGACGUGGCAGCUGACAUGGCGCAGGCCCUGCUGGACGAAGCGUACGCUGCCACGUGGCAGCUGCUGGUGGACCACAAGGCGGCUCUGGUCAAGACGGUCAACGUGCUAAUGGCGAAGGGGGAGAUCCAGGGAUCGGAUCUCGAUAUUAUCCUGGACGCCUACCCUGCAGGAACACCUGUUCAGGUGGUUGAAACAGAGGCUGCACCUGAGGAACUACCUGAAGCGUUUGCAGGGCAUUCAGGGGAUACCGAGAGCGAGGGGGAGGAGGGAGGGGAGGAGGAGAGCAGGAGGAGGAGGAGGAGGAGGGAGGAGGGAGUGGAGGUGAGGAAAGUUGAAGGGAAAUUUAGGAGUGUGGUGGGGGGGUUGUUAGAGGAGAAGGGGAGGGGGGAGGGAGGGGUGAGGGAUGGAGAGAUUGCGAGGGGGGAGGAUGGGGUGAGAGUGAGUGAGGGAGAGGGGAGGGAGUUGAGUGGGGAGGAGGAGAAAGAGGAGCAAAGAGAAUCUGAGUCACUGGAGGUGGAGGGAGAGGGAGAGGGAGAGGGGGAUGGGGAAUGGGUGGAGGAAGAGGAGGAUGGGGAUGAGGAUGAAAGGCUGAUUUUGGAAGCUGUUGAAUCUGCAGGUAAGAAACCAGCAGUGGGAGUAGCAGUAGCAGUAGCAGCAACGUCAGCACCAGCAGCAGUAGCACCAGCAGCAAGACCAGCACCAGCAGCAGGAGCAGCGCUGGUAGCACCAGCAGCAGCAGAAAUUGCAGCAGCAGUACCACCACCAGCAGCAUCACCAGCAGCAGGGGCGGUAGUAGCCACAGCAGCCGAUGGCACGAAAGCAGCUGCCAUAGGGGCAACAGCAGGCAGCUGUGAAAAACUCAAUGGGGCUGCUGUGGGUGGAAAGGGGGAGGAGGCGAGUGGGGCGGAGAGAGGGAAGGAGAGAGGGGAGGAGAGAGGGGAGGAGAGAGGGGAGGAGAGAGGGGAGGAGAGAGGGGAGGAGAGAGGGGAGGAGAGAGGGGAGGCGAGAGGGGUGAAGAGAGGGGUGAAGAGUGGGGACAACUCAGAAUUUACGGUGUACCACUACAACAGCGAGGGAGAGACUGCAAGUGGAUCUGAUUCUGAUUCAGAUUCGGAAUCGGAUUCUGAUUCUGAGGGGGGAAGCAAACCCCACGGUUCGGCUGCACAGGGUGGUGUCAAGCCAUGGGGCGGUACGGAAACAAAUGGAACGCUGGGAAAGCGGAAAUUGGAGGAGAAUCUAGGAGCAAGUGAGAGUGCGGGUGAGACGGGGGAGAAUGGGGAUGAUGCUAUGACCUUGGUGCGGCCUAAUGGUAACCAGUCCGGGAAGGAGUAGCACGUCAUUGGCUUUUGAGGCGGCUCAAGAAGAGCGCUGGUGGGGCGGGGGAGAAAGGGUAUGAUGACUCUGGUUCGGCCUAGUGGGAACCAGUUCGGGGUGGAGUAGUCUGUCCUUGUGCUGUGUGGUACAGCCAUACUAGUGAGAGUGCUGUUGGUAAGGGGAUGCUCUGACCUUGGUGCGGCACAAUGGUAACCAGAUGGGUGGAGUGGUGUCUCCUAGGGCUAGGCAACCAUACCGGUGUCUAUUUCUUCGAAGGCUGCUAGAAGAUGGGCUAAUGGGAUCUAGACCGGGGUGGAGUGGUCUAUUCGUAUUCGAGCGCAAGCAUACUGUUCUUUCACAUUGUUUCAAGUAGGAAUUGGUAGCUGACUCCGGCCGUGUUGCCUCUUGUGUUGAGAUUGUUGAGGUACAUUGUACACACAUGACCAUCCAUUA